AUGUUCUCAGCUGCCACCAGAACCACCAGUACGCCAUCAGCACUGCCAGUACGUCACCUGCCUACCACCAGUACGCUACCUGCCUACCACCAGUACGCCAUCAGCACUGCCAGUACGUCACCUGCCUACCACCAGUACACUACCUGCCUACCACCAGUACGUCACCUGCCUACCACCAGUACGCCAUCAGCACUGCCAGUACGUCACCUGCCUACCACCAGUACGCCAUCAGCACUGCCAGUACGUCACCUGCCUACCACCAGUACGCUACCUGCCUACCACCAGUACGCCAUCACCACCGCCAGUACGUCACCUGCCUACCACCAGUACGCUACCUGGCUACCACCAGUACGCUACCUGCCUACCACCAGUACGCCACCUGCCUACCACCAGUACGCCAUCAGCACUGCCAGUACGUCACCUGCCUACCACCAGUACGCCAUCAGCACUGCCAGUACGCCACCUGCCUACCACCAGUACGCCAUCAACACUGCCAGUACGUCACCUGCCUACCACCAGUACGCCAUCAGCACUGCCAGUACAUCACCUGCCUACCACCAGUACGCUACCUGCCUACCACCAGUACGCCAUCAGUACUGCCAGUACCCCAUCAGCACUGCCAGUACGCCAUCAGCACCACCAGUACGCCACCUGCCUACCACCAGUACGCUACCUGCCUACCACCAGUCGCCACCUGCCUACCACCAGUACGCUACCUGCCUACCACCAGUACGCGACCUGCCUACCACCAGUACGCCACCUGCCUACCACCAGUACGCUACCUGCCUACCACCAGUACGCUACCUGCCUACCACCAUACGCCACCUGCCUACCACCAGUACGCCACCUGCCUACCAGCAGUACGCCACCUGCCUACCACCAGUACGCUACCUGCCUACCACCAGUACGCUACCUGCCUACCACCAGUACCCCAUCAGCACUGCCAGUACGCCACCUGCCUACCACCAGUACGCUACCUGCCUACCACCAGUUAGCCACCUGCCUACCACCAGUACGCCACCUUCCUACCACCAGUACGCCACCUGCCUACCACCAGUACGCCACCUUCCUACCACCAGUACGCCACCUGCCUACCACCAGUACGCCACCUGCCUACCACCGGUACGCCACCUGCCUACCACCGGUACGCUACCUGCCUACCACCAGUACGCUACCUGCCUACCACCGGUACGCUACCUGCCUACCACCAGUACGCCACCUGCCUACCACCAGUACGCCACCUGCCUACCACCGGUACGCUACCUGCCUACCACCGGUACGCUACCUGCCUACCACCGGUACGCUACCUGCCUACCACCGGUACGCUACCGGCCUACCACCGGUACGCCACCUGCCUACCACCGGUACGCUACCUGCCUACCACCGGUACGCCACCUGCCUACCACCGGUACGCUACCUGCCUACCACCGGUACGCUACCUGCCUACCACCGGUACGCCACCUGCCUACCACCAGUACGCCACCUGCCUACCACCAGUACGCCACCUGCCUACCACCAGUACGCCACCUGCCUACCACCAGUACGCCACCUGCCUACCACCAGUACGCUACCUGCCUACCACCAGUACGCUACCUGCCUACCACCAGUACGCUACCUGCCUACCACCAGUACGCUACCUGCCUACCACCAGUACGCCACCUGCCUACCACCAGUACGCCACCUGCCUACCACCAGUACGCCACCUGCCUACCACCAGUACGCCACCUGCCUACCACCAGUACGCCACCUGCCUACCACCAGUACGCCACCUGCCUACCACCAGUACGCCACCUGCCUACCACCAGUACGCCACCUGCCUACCACCAGUACGCCAUCACCACCGCCACCUCCUGCACUUUCCCUACACUCCUGUACCCCCGUAGUGUCCUGUACCGUCCUGUACCCCCCUGUACCCCCCGUACCUUCCUGUACCCUCCUGUACCCCCCUUCACCCUCCUGUACCCCCAUGUACCCCCGUACCCUCCUGUAGCCUCCUGUACCCCCCUGUACCCCCCGUACCCUCCUGUACCCCCCUGUACCCCCGUACCCUCCUGUACACCCCUUCACCCUCCUGUACCCCCUUCACCCUCCUAUAGCCUCCUGUACCCCCCUGUACCCCCCGUACCCUCCUGUACCCUCCUGUACCCCCGUACCCCCUGUACCCUCCUGUACCCCCCUUCACCCUCCUGUACCCCCUUCACACUGUACUCUUCCGUACCCUUCUGUAACCUCCUGUAG